CCCACAAUUCUCUUUAUAAGGCAUGGUAUCCUAACUUCUAAGCUAAGUGCAAAUUUACAAACUUGUCAAACCAAAAAACCCAAUUCAUGGAUACACAAUGCUUAAAUGCAACACAAAUCGCUCGUCCACUUGCAAAUUUUCAACCAGACAUUUGGGGAGAUCGCUUUGUCAACUACACUCCACCAGAUCACGUUACCCAACGUAGAAUGGAGAAAGAAGCCAAAGAGCUAAAAGAUUUGAUACAAAAAGAGCUUUUAAAAGAUAUUAAGGAUACAAAGCAAAGAAUUGAGUAUUUAGAUGCUAUAAUUAGACUUGGUGUGGCAUAUCACUUUGAGAAAGAAAUUGAAGACAAUUUUCAAAUUUUCCAAAAGAAUAUCCAUAAAUCUUAUGAGGAUGAUCUUCAUUAUGUUUCUCUACAUUUUCGUCUUUUAAGACAACAUGGCUUUCAUGUAUCUUGUGAUGUAUUUGAAAAGUUCAAGGAUGAGAAUGGAAAGUUCAAGGAUAGCUUGGCCAAUGAUGUAAUAUACAACUUAUAUGAGACAUCAUAUGUUAGAGUACAUGGAGAAAGUAUACUUGAUGAAGCUCUUGUAUUUUCCACAAAACAUUUAACCUCCAUUGUUGCAAAUUCAAGCUCUCAUCCCAUGGUGGAACAAAUAGCUCGAUCCUUGGAAUUACCCCUUCAUAAAAGGAGUGUAAGAGUUGAAUCUAGACACCAAAUCACAUUUUAUGAAGCUAAAUCUUCUCAUGAUGAAAGAUUGCUCAAAUUUGCAAAGCUUGAUUUUAAUAUGCUUUUGGCAUUGCAUAGAAUGGAACUUGCACAAUAUAUGAGGUGGUUCAAGAACCUUGACAAGGCCAUAAAAUUGCCCAAUUUUAUGAGGAGUAGAGUGGUUGAAUGCUACUUUUGGUCUUUGGGUGCAUACCAUGAGUCUAAAUAUGCAUUUGCUAGAUUAUGUAUUAGCAAAAUAAUAAGGAUCAUAUCUAUCCUCGAUGACAUUUAUGACGCUUACGCAACCACCGAAGAAUUGAUAAUCAUCACAAAAGCAAUUCAAAGGUGGGACAAAAGUUGUGUUAAGCAGCUUCCUGAAUUCAUGAAAUUGUUUUACGAAGCAAUGAUUGAUACAUUUGAAGAAAUGGAGCAAGCAUUGGCCGAAGAAGGAAGAGCAUAUGCUGCUCAUUAUGCUCGACAGCAAUUGAUUGCUACAUGCGAAGGGUACUUCGAAGAAGCAAAAUGGAGAUUUGAAAAACAUGUUCCAACAUAUGAAAAUUACAUAAAUAAUGGCAUAUUUAGCGGAGGCUACUUGCUUAUUGUUGCAGCUUCUUUUGUUGGGAUGGGAGACAUUGCAAAUGAGAAUGCCUUUAAAUGGCUUCACAAAGAUUCUAAGGCUCCAAGAGCUUCUUGCAUUAUUGCUAGGCUUUUUGAUGAUAUUGCUGGUCAUAAGUUUGAGCAAGAUCGAGAACAUGUUGUCUCCGCCGUAGAAUGUUACAUGAAACAAUUUGGUGCAUCCGAAGAAGGAGGCUUACGAAGAGAUCGAACUUCAAAUAGAUGAAGCAUGGAAAGACAUAAAUGAAGACAUGAUUGGACCAACACAUAUUUCAAGGCCAAUACUUGUUCGAUUAAUAAACCUGUCAAGGUUAUUGUAUGAUAUUCUAAAGAAAGGUCAGGAUGGAUACACUACACCUAAA